AGACCUAGAAGGCUCAGAGAGGAGACCAGACCGGAGCCAAUCGUAUCGGCCGGUUCUCAGACACAUCGGCACGGGCCCUCGUCUGACAAAGAUUGUCUGGUCGGGUCGGCCUGUAAUCAGUCAGCUGGGACGAUCCUACAGAUCUUCCUCAACGGUGCGACCGAGAGCGGGAUCUUCGCUCGCGUAGGUCGCACAUCGAUCUUCUUGUUCUCCUCCCCCUUCACUUGCUCCUCGCACUCCUCAUCUCCCGUUCCUCCACUUCAUUUCUCUCUCUCAUCUCGCGGCUUCUUCCCCUUCCUCCCACGUCCUGUCCACCUCAGGUUGCUCUUCGAACGUAGAUGUAGUAUUUCCUGAUGAUCCGUGAUGCGCAUCACAAGGCUCUCACGCUGAUGUGCACGGAAUCUUUGCCAGUCCUUUCGGAGUAAGGACCUGAUGAAGGAUCGAAUCAUGGGCCGCACAGGAUAUACGUGCAUCAGGCACGUUUUCUGCUCCCUCAAUGUUUUAAUCUGGUUAUGCGCUUGCGGAAUUUUGGGUGCGGGCCUUUGGCUACGACUGGCUUACUCCGGAUACGCGACCUUGGUACCGCAGUACAGCUUCGUGUCGGCGGAUUCGCUACUGCUCGCCGCGGGAUGCAUCACAUUCGUCAUCGCCUUCUUCGGAUGUUGUGGCGCAUGGUUCCAGUCAAGAUGCAUGCUGAUCACGUAUUUCAGUCUAGUAAUACUCAUGUUUCUCGCCGAGUUCAUGCUGGGCACCUUGGCGUUUGUGUUCAGAGAACACCUCGCGAGGAGCUUGAAGGAGGAGCUAUUGUACGGCAUUGAGAAGCAUUAUAAUAUUACAAGGGAGCCGGGAACACUUUCUGCCAUGUGGGACCAUAUACAUACCGAGUUUCACUGCUGUGGAGUACGCGAUUAUACGGAUUGGUUCCAAAUCGAAGCGUGGCCGGAGGAGGAUCGGGUUCCAGAUUCUUGCUGCAUGCAGCGGGAAAGAUAUUGCGGUCGCCUAGAUUCAGAAGGUCGUAACAAGGAACUCUGGUAUAAGGAAGGAUGCGCGACUGCCAUUCAAAUGUGGCUGGUAACUAGACUCCAUGUGGUCGGCACGGUGGGCCUCGUCGUGGCUUUUCUUCAACUAUUCGGCCAGGUGGCCAGCAUGAUUCUCUUCUGCACAGUCAGGCAUAAGAGAUCAUCUCACACGUACAAGAGUUACGACACUACCAAUACCUAGAAUUUUCGAUCGAUCUUAGACGAGACAACUGUCUAAGAUCGAUAGUAGCCUUCUCGCGCGUUUUCGAUUCUCGUUGCAUGCAACGGAACGAAUCUUUCCGGAAUCGUGUCAUUCCUUUCCUGAGGAUUCUUAAAGAGAAUCUUGUCGAUUUCAUCC